AAAGCGCAGAAGCCGUCAGUCUGCAGGAGCUGCAGUCCUUGUGUUCUCCUCAUCCUUCUCUAAAUGCAAAUGUUACAAAAUAGCAGCUAGUGUCAGCAGCUCAGCACAUAAUGGGUGCCAGUUUGUAGCAGGUACAGCUGGGAUUUUCUGGCAGGCACAGACACAAUAUGCCCAGCAUGCCUUUCAGUUUACUAGCGUUUGCUUGGUGCAGAAACCUCCUGAUGCACAAUCCCAUGCAGCAUGAUGCUGGGAAAAAUACCCGAGCACCUACGCGCAGGAGGAUAGGAAAUGUUACAGGCCUCGUGAUUUAUAGUUUGAUUACGCGCUGCUGAUGAAAUAUUAGCGUGUGUGCUGGAAGUGGGUCGUGCGGUAUUAUUUCUUUGCCAUUUUUGUGGAAGGAAAAAAAAAACUGUCAUGUGUUCUGGCAGAGAAAGCAGCAGCAGCAGCAACAGCGAGUCAUUAAGUCAGACUGCACCAUUUUCUCCUGGUUCGCCUUGUGCUGAGGUGCAGCUGGAGAGCUGUAAGGCGCUUACUGUCCUCCCCCGCUCCCCCCUGUCUUUUCUGUGCGUGUGGCUCCUUCCUUGAUUUAGUCAGAGGACACAGGCUUGCUCUGGGUCCCAAAAGGCCUUUUUUUUUGCUAUUACUGGAUUUAGGGGGAUGUAUGUUUUUUUUUUUUCUCUGACGAUGGCUAUCUGCUUAACCUAAAGCUUUCGCCUUCAGCAUCUGAUGUCUCUGCAGUUCUGGGGAGAAUCCGCCAGCUCUCUGCUUACCUUCAUUCACGGGCGUUAAAGAACCACCCCCCACCCACCCCCCCUUCACACACACACACUCUUCUACUAAAAUACUCUCUCACACUUCUGUUGCAUCAUUAAAUGGAGAUGGAAGCUUCUUCUGGAAGAGACCUGCUCAGCUGAGCCUGUAACAGAAAGUGCCGAUGCCUCUUUGAAACGGUUAGAAUCCUGGCUCGCAGCCUGCGCCCUUGGCAGAAGUCACCUGGAUUUUAUUGACCCUCCUGCGAAGUGAUCACUGGGAGCUGGUGGUUCCUUGCUGUCAGACCAUGGCUCACGCUGCUGCUCACAUUAAAAAGGCCAGGGAGCUCGAUCAAGCCCCUGAUUUGAAGGAGCUUGAAAAAGCCAAGGAAAGGAGAAGGCGCUCCCGGGAAAGAGCCGAACGUAAACGCAAGUCUGACAGCAACACGAGUUUCCUGCGAGCAGCCCGGGCUGGAAACAUUGACAAAGUGCUGGAGUAUCUCAAAGGAGGAGUAGACAUCAGCACUUGUAACCAGAAUGGACUCAAUGCAUUACACCUGGCAGCCAAGGAGGGCCAUGUGGACCUGGUUCAGGAGCUGCUAGGCAGAGGCUCAGCAGUUGAUUCAGCUACCAAGAAAGGAAACACUGCCCUCCAUAUUGCAUCCUUGGCAGGACAAGGAGAAGUUGUCAAAAUUCUGGUGAAGCAUGGGGCCGAUGUCAAUACACAGUCUCAGAAUGGCUUCACUCCUCUGUACAUGGCAGCCCAGGAGAAUCACCUGGAUGUUGUUCGGUACCUGCUUGAAAACGGAGGGAACCAGAGCACUGCCACAGAGGAUGGCUUCACCCCGCUGGCGAUCGCGCUGCAGCAGGGCCACAAUCAGGUGGUGUCCCUCCUCCUGGAGAAUGACACCAAGGGAAAGGUGAGGCUGCCUGCCUUGCACAUUGCUGCUCGCAAAGACGACACCAAGUCUGCUGCCCUGCUUUUGCAGAACGACCACAACGCCGAUGUCCAGUCCAAGAUGAUGGUUAAUAGGACAACCGAGAAUGGAAAGAGUGGAUUCACCCCCUUGCACAUUGCGGCCCACUAUGGGAAUGUCAAUGUUGCUACUCUUCUCCUGAACCGUGGAGCUGCAGUCGACUUCACGGCCAGGAAUGGCAUCACACCCCUGCAUGUUGCUUCCAAACGAGGGAACACUAACAUGGUGCGUCUUCUUCUGGACCGAGGGGCGCAGAUUGAUGCCAAAACCCGGGAUGGACUCACACCUCUGCACUGUGCUGCUCGAAGUGGGCAUGACCCCGCUGUGGAGCUGCUUUUGGAAAGAGGAGCACCUAUGCUGGCAAGGACAAAGAACGGUCUGUCUCCUCUGCACAUGUCUGCCCAAGGCGACCACGUUGAGUGUGUCAAACACCUGCUGCAGCACAAGGCCCCCGUCGAUGACGUCACCCUGGACUACUUGACGGCUCUCCAUGUUGCGGCUCACUGUGGCCACUACCGCGUCACCAAACUGCUUCUGGACAAGAGGGCCAACCCCAAUGCUCGAGCUCUGAAUGGUUUCACCCCCCUGCACAUUGCGUGCAAGAAGAAUCGAGUCAAGGUCAUGGAGCUACUUGUAAAAUACGGGGCAUCCAUUCAAGCCAUAACAGAGUCUGGCCUUACACCAAUACAUGUGGCUGCAUUCAUGGGCCACCUGAACAUAGUCCUCCUGCUUCUCCAGAAUGGAGCUUCGCCGGAUGUCAGCAACAUUCGAGGGGAGACAGCUCUUCACAUGGCUGCCCGUGCAGGACAGGUGGAAGUUGUGCGCUGCUUGUUGAGAAACGGCGCGCUCGUGGAUGCCAGAGCCAGGGAGGAGCAGACUCCUCUUCACAUUGCAUCCCGCCUGGGCAAAACCGAGAUUGUGCAGCUGUUGCUGCAGCAUAUGGCCCACCCUGAUGCUGCCACCACAAAUGGCUACACUCCUCUCCACAUCUCUGCCAGAGAAGGACAGGUUGAUGUGGCCUCAGUUCUCCUGGAGGCUGGGGCCUCACAUUCCCUUGCCACAAAGAAAGGAUUCACUCCAUUACAUGUGGCUGCCAAAUAUGGAAGCCUGGAUGUGGCAAAACUCCUCCUUCAGCGCAGAGCUCCCCCUGACUCUGCUGGCAAGAACGGCCUCACCCCUCUUCAUGUUGCUGCUCACUAUGAUAACCAGAAGGUGGCACUCCUGCUACUGGACAAAGGGGCGUCUCCCCAUGCAACAGCAAAGAAUGGUUACACUCCACUGCAUAUUGCUGCCAAGAAGAAUCAGAUGGACAUUGCCUCAACUCUGCUGCAGUAUGGGGCAGAGACAAACAUCGUGACCAAACAGGGAGUCACCCCUCUACACCUCGCCUCACAGGAAGGACACACUGAAAUGGUGACUUUACUGCUGAAGAAAGGGACCAAUGUUAAUGUGCCUACAAAGAGCGGACUGACAUCUCUCCACCUCGCAGCCCAAGAAGACAAGGUUAAUGUAGCUGAGAUUUUGGCAAAACAUGACGCAAAUCUUGAUGCGCAAACAAAGCUUGGCUAUACUCCAUUAAUUGUAGCCUGUCACUAUGGCAGCAUCAAGAUGGUGAACUUCCUUUUGCAGCAUAAUGCAAAUGUCAAUGCUAAAACUAAGAAUGGCUACACUCCACUCCAUCAGGCUGCCCAGCAAGGACACACUCACAUUAUUAAUGUGCUUCUGCAGAAUGGGGCCAAGCCUAAUGCCACGACUGUGAACGGCAAUACAGCCCUUGCGAUAGCGAGGCGAUUGGGAUACAUCUCCGUGGUGGACACGCUGAAGGUCGUCACAGAGGAGGUCAUCACCACCACCACAACGGUGACUGAGAAACACAAACUGAAUGUACCUGAGACCAUGACUGAGGUGCUGGAUGUAUCAGAUGAGGAAGUGCGUAGGUACUAUGAUGAUGAGCAGUUCACUGAUGGUGAAUCGAUCGACUUGGAAGGAAGCCAAUAUGGUAUUGACAGCAGAACCCCACUGUCUAACUACAGUGAUGACACUAUGACAGGGGAUGGAGGAGAGUAUCUGAGAGCAGAAGACCUGAAGGAGCUUGGAGAUGACUCUCUCCCUGGCCAGUACCUAGAUGGUAUGAAUUACUUAAGGUUCAGCUUAGGAGGACGAUCUGACAGUCGCAUGCACAGUUCAGACAGGUCUCACACCCCGAUCCACGGGUCAUACAUGAAAGACGGGCAGAUUGAGGACAUGAUAACUGCUACCAGCCACCAGAUAUCUGCCCUUGCCAGGGAGACUGAACCAUACCGCAUCAGCUGGGGAAAUGAGCAUUUGGACAAUGUGGCUGUUUCUGCCAGCCCCAUUCAUUCAGGCCGCUCCUCUCCCUGCCUUGACCAUGACAACAGCAGCUUCCUGGUGAGCUUCAUGGUCGAUGCCCGGGGCGGAGCCAUGAGAGGCUGCCGUCACAACGGCCUGCGCAUCAUCAUUCCUCCCCGGAAGUGCACAGCCCCCACAAGGGUGACUUGCCGCCUAGUGAAACGACACCGUCUGGCCACCAUGCCACCUAUGGUGGAGGGAGAGGGGCUGGCCAGCAGGCUGAUCGAAGUGGGCCCCUCUGGAGCUCAGUUCCUCGGUAAACUGCAUCUUCCCACUGCUCCUCCCCCUCUUAAUGAGGGAGAAAGCUUGGUUAGCCGAAUACUUCAGCUUGGGCCACCUGGAACAAAAUUCCUUGGGCCGGUGAUCGUGGAGAUCCCCCACUUUGCUGCACUGCGAGGGAAGGAGAGGGAGCUGGUGGUGCUGCGCAGCGAGACGGGGGAGAGCUGGAAGGAGCACAGCUGUGAGCACACUGAGGAGGAGCUGAACGAGAUCUUGAAUGGAAUGGAUGAAGAGCUUGAUCCUCCCGAGGAACUGGAGAAGAAACGCAUUUGCCGUAUCAUUACUAGAGACUUCCCACAGUACUUUGCAGUAGUGUCUCGGAUUAAGCAGGACAGCAACCUGAUUGGGCCUGAAGGUGGAGUCCUGAGUAGCACAGUGGUUCCACAGGUUCAGGCAGUCUUUCCUGAGGGAGCUCUCACCAAGAGGAUCCGGGUUGGCCUGCAGGCACAGCCAAUGAAUGUUGAGCUGGUGAGGAAGAUUUUAGGCAACAAGGCAACAUUCAGUCCCAUUGUUACUCUAGAACCCAGAAGAAGAAAAUUCCAUAAACCCAUCACAAUGACUAUUCCUAUUCCCAAAUCCUCUGCUGAUGGAAUAAUGAAUGGGUACAGUGGAGACACUCCAACCCUGAGAUUAUUGUGUAGCAUUACUGGUGGUACAACUCCAGCACAAUGGGAAGACAUAACAGGAACUACACCAUUAACAUUUGUCAACGACUGUGUGUCCUUCACAACAAAUGUGUCAGCAAGGUUCUGGCUGAUAGAUUGCCGACAGAUUCAGGAGUCUGUUAACUUUGCUACACAAGUUUACAGAGAGAUCAUCUGUGUCCCCUACAUGGCCAAGUUUGUCAUAUUUGCCAAAUCCCAUGACCCCAUAGAAGCACGUCUGAGGUGUUUCUGCAUGACAGAUGACAAGGUGGACAAGACACUGGAAAACCAGGAGAAUUUUGUCGAGGUGGCUCGGAGCAGGGAUGUGGAGGUACUAGAAGGGAAACCCAUCUAUGCAGACUGCUUUGGUAACCUGGUACCACUGACAAAAAGUGGCCAGCAUCAUCUCUUUAGUUUCUUUGCUUUCAAGGAAAACAGACUUGCACUUUUCAUUAAGGUACGGGACAGCACACAGGAGCCCUGUGGGCGAUUGUCUUUCAUGAAGGAGCCCAGAUCCUACCGAAGUCUGGUACAAAAUGCCAUAUGUAACCUAAACAUCACAUUGCCUGCAUACUCAAAGGAAUCUGAUUCUGAUCAAGAACAAGAGGAAGAGACCAGCAGGACACAUGAGAAAUAUGAAGAGGAGACUGAUUCUACUGAAACAUCUGCUCUGAAAAUGCACUUGAUUCGGGACUCUCCGGUCCUCGCAAGUCCCGAUUUACUCUCUGAGGUCUCAGAGAUGAAGCAGGAUUUGAUCAAAAUGACAGCCAUCUUAACAACAGACUCCACAGAGAAGUCAAGUCCCGUGGAAGGAGGUGGGCUUGAAAAGGGAACAGAUGACGAACCUGGAGAGCCUUUUGAAAUAGUAGAAAAGGUCAAAGAAGACUUAGAGAAAGUGAGUGAGAUUCUAAGACGUGGAACAUAUACAGGUAAGACAGCAUCACAGAAAAAAGAAGCGAUAAGCCAGGCAGCACGGCAAGAGGAAGAAUGGGUCUUACUCACUGACAGUGAAAUCGAAGAAGCCAAACAAAUGGCACCUUUUGAAGUUCAGGAGCCCUUAAUACAAGAAGUUAAAAUUGACCGAGGCACAUCUCGGCCAAAGACAGCUAAAGAUGUGAGUGGGAUGGUAUCCUAUUUGGCUGAAGAUCUAAAUGAGUUCCUUUUGCAACAACCUGCUAAAAUCCAUACUCCACCUGAAGGCGUUAUUGAAGAGCAUUUCAAAGAGGUUCGUGUUCAAAGAGGCAGUAAAUAUAUGUCUUUAGAACAGGAUACUAAACUUCCUCCAUCUGAUAUUAAAAAACCAGUGAGGAGAAAGUUAAAGGAAAAAAAUGACCAAAAAGAAUCUCAAAUUGCCACAUCUGAAUCUGACAUCUACAGGGUUAGCUCUGAAGAGUCUUUGGAUGAAAGCAUGAUUUUGAGUUCAGCUCCAAAAGAAGUGUCACCAGUGGUGGAGGAGACCCCUAUUGGUUCAAUUAAGGAGAAAGUGAAAGCUCUUCAAAAGAAGGUUGAAGAGGAGGAAAAGGGGCGUAAGCAAAUAAGCAGUAAAGCUUUAAGCAGUGAUGAAAGUAAAUUAUCUCAAAUUAAAAAAGAAACAAAAAUGCCGCACUCACCUCCUGGGAUGUCUUCUACAACAGAAAGACUCGAAGAGACUAUGUCUGUCCGAGAACUAAUGAGAGCCUUUCAGACAGGACAGGACCCUUCAAAGAGAAAGUCUGGGCUUUUUGAGCAUAAAUCUACAAAUCUGAUAACAGAACAUUCAACUGCAACCAAAGGAACAGAAACAGUAAAAACACAUUCCAUACAGUCAAAAACAGGAUAUGUCACCAAGAACCAUGAACAAACCACUUCUCUUUCUUUGGAUUCAUCUGAGAUUCAAGAUAGUGAAACAAGCAAAGAAAAUGAAUAUUCAAUAAUGAAGGAAGAGAUAAGCCCAAAACUUUCAACCAGUAUACCUGACAUGCUAUUGCAAGUUGAAAAAUGUGAAGCCAAGGUGAUCGAUGAGUUCCACAAAGAGACAGAUAUGCAAAUAAGUCCUGACAGGAAACAUUCUAUGGAUUUUAGUGAAGAAAUUAAAGCAGAACUUGAGGGAAGUGAUGAGUACAAGCAGUUUAGAAAGAUAUCUUGUCACGAUGAAAGUGAACCAAGCACCAAGCAUGAAGACUCAGGGGCUGUUCAACAUGAUCUCACAAUUGUCUUCCCUCCUGAGCUUUCCAAAGACGAGUUCCUGCCAGACACAGUCCUACAAAAUGGUGCCUUGGAUGACAGCUCCGAGAGCCUGAAACACGAGGGUGUUGCUGAUUCACCAAGUAUUAGCUUAGGUGAUGGCACACCUCAGAUGAGCUCAGAAGAAAGUUAUAAGCAUGAGGGCUUGGCAGAGACUCCAGAAACAAGCCCUGAAAGUCUGUCAUUUUCACCCAAGAAAAUUGAUCAACAAAUGUUAGAAAGAUCUAAGGAAUCGGGUAAAGAAAAGUCUGAAAGCUUAGCUAAUGAUUCUACUGCAGCAGACUCUGGAGUUACAACCUUUGAUGAGCAGCAGUCAACAGAAAUGACUCUCCCAACAUCUCCCACUGAGGAGACUGAUGAUCAAACCAUGAGUGAGUCAACUGGACUCAAAGGGGACACAGUUUUCUGUGGUGAAGACACUAAUGAAAAGAAAGGAGUAUCUUCAUCACCUAAACCAUCACAAUUUGGAUUACAUUCUAAAAGGGUUUCCGAAACUGUUGAUACAUUGUUAAGUUCAGAGGAUGACGUGGCACCUGAAAUUGCCAGCCAAGAGGUUCCUAAAUCUUCUGGAUUGCCAACUGAAAAGAGUGCUACAUAUUGUCAUGAUGGCCUAGAUCUGCCACUUAAAAAGCAAGACUCAGAAGCUCUUAGUCCAUUAGCUGAUGAUUCUUUGACCAUUAGUCACAAGGACUCAUUGGAAGCCAGUCCAGUUCUGGAAGAUAAUUCCUCACAUAAAACUCCAGAUUCUAUUGAGCCAAGUCCAACAAAGGAGUCCCCAUGUCGUGAUUCAUUAGAAAGCAGUCCAGUAGAACAGAAGAUAGGAGCUGGUAUUCCAGUAGUAGAACAGGCCAGUGGUCCUGCUUCCCAGACAUUUCCAACAAAGGCAGACUUCCCAGCUGAAGCUGUGCGUAACAGGCUCCUUAGGGACCCUGAGGGCAGCGCAGAUGAUGAUAGUUUGGAGCAAACAUCCCAAAUAGAAAGUUCAGGAAAAAGCCCUCUUUCACCUGACACCCCAAGCUCGGAAGAAAUCAGUUAUGAAGUCACACCUAAAACUCCAGACCUGCAGGUCCUGUCUGUACCCUCAAAACCACCUGCGAUCCCAGAAGAUACGGAGGAAGCAGAUGAAGAUGAUUCCUCAGAUAGCAGUGAGCCUCAAAAGAAAUUCACCCCAGAAGAAGAAAUGUUUAAGAUGGCUGCAAAAAUUAAAACUUUUGACGAGAUGGAACAAGAUGCCAAAUGCAAAAGAGAAGUCAGAAGAGAUUUUAAAACUACAGACGCUUCAGCUGUUUCUGAAUUUUUGGAAGGUCAGCCUAUAAGAAUAGUGUCUCCAGAUGAGAGCUCUUCAGAAAGUGAACCAGAGCUUACAAAUCUUGAAAAAGAUUUGGAUUCAGCUCUUUCUGUAGAGCCCAUAAUUAAAGUACAACCCCCAUCUCCUUUGCCCCCAGGCAUGUGUGAUGAUUGUAGCCCUGUAGAACCUGAAGAGCAUCAUGCAUACAGCUAUGUAGAAGCAGAAGAAGAAAGAACAGUACCACCUUCAGAACAUGAACAACAAACAGAACAAACUAUACUGACUCACAGCUGUGAACCUUCUGAUGGAUCUUUUGGAGCUACAGAAUGUUCACUGGUAUCUAUUUCUCAUGAAGGCAGCAUUAAGAAAGAAACAUCUGAUCAUCCACAGGUACCAGCUAGCAUAGAAUUAUAUGAAGAAACAAAAGAAGCUGAACAAGAAACAAGUCCCUAUGACAAUGUAAGUUUUCAUAUGAUUUCUAUCUCCACUGAUAGUGAAGAGUCAAAAAAGAGAACAACUGAUGAAAAGGAAGAGUGCUUUGAACAACUGAGUGAAAGUAAGGAGGAUAACAGAGGAACUGGCACGGUAACAGAAUGCCCUUCAAAACUGUCCUUUGGAGAUAGUCCGACAGAAACCAAUGCAAAAGAAGAAAUCAAAGGAGAACAUUUCGAAUGGUCUAGUAGAUCAGACAUUUGUGAUGAUUCUCAUGAUGAAUUUGAUCCCAUCAUGGAACGUGCACAGGAUCCAUGUAAGCCAGAUGUCUGUGUUUAUGAUGACAUUCAAGUAGAAGAUGCACCAGCAUCAGGUCUUAAAACUCAGUCCAAGGGAGUUACGGCAAGACCCGAAAGUGAUGUAGAUACCUGGAGUGCCAUUCGAGAAGAUGAUGAUGCUUUUGCAGCACGAGUCAAGGAGGAAGAGCAAAAGAUCCUUAGUUUAAUGGUCGAUCGACAGUCCCAAGGAGCAACUCCAGACACUACUCCAGGUAGGACACCUACAGAUGAAGGAACACCCACUAGUGAACAAAAUCCUUUCUUAUUCCAAGAAGGGAAAUUGUUUGAGAUGACAAGGAGUGGAGCCAUAGAUAUGAGCAAAAGGAGCUUUGAAGAUGAAAGUUUCCACUUCUUCCAAAUAGGUGAACAACCUUUUGAGGAGAUUUUGUCAGAUGAAGCCAGAGAAGAUCCUGUUGGAUGUGAAUCUUCUGAAGGGGAAAGUGCCGUUUCCAUUACAGUGUCAUCUUUGGAUAUAAAGACAGAAAAUGAUCUCCAUGACACAACAAAUGAUGAAAUAGAUUUAUUUCUUCCCCAGUCAGAAGCAAAUGAUGAUGAUCAGAGUCCUUGUACAGGCACAAUGGUCACAAAGUCUGAAUCAAAGUCCAGAAUCCCAAUUAAAAUGGGAAUUUCUGCAUCAACUAAGACCGUGAAGAAAGAUCCCCCAUGUCCUGAACUAACAGAUGGAAAGCCUGAGAAAAGAGAUGAAGAAAGUCCUGACACAGAGACAUCCAUUACAGAUGUACAACUGAACUUUUCAACGGUUACUAGGUCUGUAUAUUCUGAACAAGAUGAGGAGUCUUCUGACUCUUCUCCAGAGGAUCAGCAUUCAGUCAUUGAAAUGUCUAAAUCUGAUACAGAGACAGUCACUACUAGUGAACCAAAGUCAAAACUCCCAGUCAAAGAAUCUUCUUUGUCUGCUUCAUCAGCUGUAACAUCUACUCAGAAGGAGCCACCUCUGGAGGAAGAUACAAAAUCUAAAUCUAAAAUACCUGUUAAGCUUGGUGCAAUUAAGCCUGAAUCAACUUCUGAUGUUUCAUUAAAACGAGGAGAGUCCCUGAAGGAUCCAGAUAGAAAGUGUAAAAUACCUGUUAAGCAGGAACAAAGGAGCAAGUCUGAAACUGAUGCCUGCCCAUCAGGAGAUGGAAAAUCAAAAAGGUCUUCCAAAGUUAGAAGUUACUGUGAGGGAGAGUCUCAGGAAACAUCUCAGGACACUCAAAGCAGAACAGAAAGUGAUGAUGUUGUGAAACCAAGGACAUUCCAGUCUAGACUGCCUGUUAAGACCAAAUAUGGACAAACAUUCCAUACCUCUACUCCAGCUAAAGAGAACAAAGAACAGUUCUUUGAGCUUUACAAGCAUUCCAUUGAAUUCUUCGAAGAAAUAAGUGAUGAAGCCUCAAAGUUAGUUGAGAGGCUUACACAAGCAGAAAAUGAACAAGAAAUGAUUUCAGAUGAUGAAAGCAGCACCUUGGAAGUCUCAGUUAUAGAAAGUGAGGCAUGUUUUGAGUCACAGCUGCCUCUUCCCGAAGAUGUCUUUGACAUGAGACCUAUCUGGGACGAGUCUGUUGAGACUCAGAUGCAACUCAUUCCCGAUGAAAAUGUCCACGCCCAAUGUGAAGAUCCACAGGAUGAUGCAGAAAGAAAGGAGGAAAGAUUAGCUGUUAUUGCUGACCAUCUUGGAUUCAGCUGGACAGAACUGGCCCGGGAACUAGACUUCAGUGAGGACCAAAUUCAUCAGAUAAGAAUUGAGAACCCCAACUCAUUGCUGGACCAAAGUCAUGCUUUACUUAAGUAUUGGAUGGAACGAGAUGGCAAACAUGCCACAGAAAGCUGUUUAAUUCAGAAACUCACAAAGAUUAACAGAAUGGACAUUGUUCACCUCAUUGAAACAAAAAGCAUGAAGUCAUGUCAACAGCUGUCCUCACGAACCUAUGCUGAGAUUGAGCAGACAAUAUCCUUGGAUCAUAGUGAAGGAUUCUCUGCACUUCAUGAAGACAUCGACAGCCCCAGGACUGUGCGUCGUGCUGAGAGCACACCUAGUAAGACACAGCCAUCUGCAGGCCAGCAGCCACCUGUCGUGUCUGAAGAAGACAUAUCCGUUAGCUUCUCCUCAGUACAUGAAAGCACUCCAAAGUGGGAUGCAGAUACUACAGUUGCCGAUCUCUUGAGACAAGCGCAGAAAGAUAAGAUGCAAGCUGACAUGUACAGAGAAUCAGAGCUGCCAUUUGAAACAUUGUCUCUUGGUCCUAAACAACAUUGUGCUGUGGACCAAGAAGCAGAAGUCACAACCCAGCUGGCAUUUGAAAAGGAAAGCACAGAGUCAACACUUGCAAACUACAUGAGAGACUCUGGUGAACAAGAGAUAGCAGAGGAACUAGGUUUGCUGGAGGAUAGUUCAGAUGAAGAAGAGAUGGUAACGACCAGGGUUGUCCGGCGCAGAGUUAUAAUUCAGGCUGAUGAGAUGCCAGACAUUCCACCCGAGUCAGUGACAGAAGAGCAAUACACAGAUGAGCACGGCCACAUCGUUGUAAAGAAGAUCACCAGGAAAAUAAUUCGGAAGUUUGUGUCCCCGGAUGGCACAGAGAAAGAGGAGGUGGUAGUGCAGGGACCGCAGCAGGACCCAGUGAUUGCUGAGGAAGGUGAUGGCUACUCCAAGGUGCUGAAGAGAACAGUGCUGAAGAGCGAAAGUGACCAGACAGAGGUGACCUUCUCUGACCCCGCAGCAGAGGGCAGCUCUUCGGGGUUCCAGGUGGAGCCCACUCAUGGCCGAAAGGUCAGCAAGGUCAUCAAGACCACAGUUGUCCAGGGAGAGAGGAUGGAAAAGCACCUUGGGGACCCCUCACUAGCUACUGGUCUUCCAACGGCUGAAGACGACUUCCAGCAGGCCUUGAGUUAUGCAGGGGGCUUUGGAAAAAUUCACCUUCCACAUUUAGUUGAGCAGGAGAUUGUGAAGGAGGAUGGAUCAGUGAUCAAAAGGUCAACGAUGCAUAAGGCCUGCUGUCAGAAGAGGACUGUGGUAAGGGACGCGGAGGGGAAGCGGGUGCACGUGGAGCAGCUCGAAGACACUCCCGCGGCGCUGCGGCGCGACGACCUCCAGCGCGACCUGCACCAGCUCCUCAGCCGCUUCUGCACCGACGAGGCCGAGUGACACAGCCAGCAGCCGCCCCCCGGUUCCCAUUUCAGCCCCUCGCGCCCAUCCUGCUUGACGCACCGGACCCGGUUUGUUCUCGCGCACCUACGCUUUACCUAAAGACGCUGGAUUCUUUCCAGUGCUGAAUUGGAACAGAGCAGUUUUUGUUUCCCAAUUUUCUUCGAUUUUCUUUCCCGUUUUCUAAUUUUGUGACCAAAGAUAGCAUCCUGUGAUGUUGAGUUACGUAAAAAAAAAAAAUGAGAUAUUUUUUUUUGUUGUUGCUUUUUUCGCUGCUGUGUUAGAGAAUGACUUGCCAACGGGACGGCAAACUACAAUGUCUGCUUCAUCCACAGACCUCUUCAGAAGGGAAGGACGCUUUUGAACAUUUGUAUAUAUAUACUGUAGGUUAAGUGCUUGGACUUGGAUGGUUUGUUACACUGCCUAUCAUAACUGCACACAAACACAAAAGUCACUGAUCACAACAUCUAUUUUUCCUAGGGUAUCGUUUAACAAAGUAAUACCUGAUAUCACUAUAUUAAUCAGCUGCGUGUACAGGCCCAUUACAAAGCACUUAUACCAUGUGAUCGCUGCUGGAGUGUUUUGUCUUUGUAUGUCUAUAAUUGGGAGGGGAAUGGUGACUUGUAGGUGAUUUUAACAACAACAAUAAUAACUAUCACUAAACUGCAAGUUCUGGGGGAAGAAAGCGAAUGAAUGCUGUUGUCGCCAGAACCGACCAUGGCUCGAAAUGGUCCCGUGAACAUUCAGAACUGCAUAAGUGAGCUACCUUCUGUGUUGCACCAAUGCUCAAGAACCAGUAAUCUUUUACAAGCUAGAACUGCAGAAGGCUCCGAUAUAGCCCAGUAUUUUCCGCCUAAAGCUUUGCAACCACUUUCUUUCGGUCAGCUUUGUCCGUCUCAUCCUGUGUGUGCUGUGGUUCCUUUUCCCUCCUCUUCACUGCACUCUAGUAGACCUGGGAAUGAGGUGAGGCACUCUAUGUGUGUGAAAUUACUGUAAUGUCUGCAUUCAACUAUUUAUCAGGGUUGUCCUGUUUGUACGUGUGUGUGGUGGACAUGACUGCUGUAACCAUGUUUUUACUAAAUAACUUACGUACCAAGAGGUUCCUCAAUAGGACAAUGUUUUUCUAAUACAGAUGGGUACGAUGGGGGGCAUAGACGUGAAGGCCCACAAAA